AUGGGUGAUCCAGAUCGUCAACUAGCGCUAGGGCCAUCGCCGACUUCAGAGCAUGGAAGUCCCCUCGGAGACGCGGCACGAGGUCCUUCAGGACAAACCUGGAAGAAGCGAGUCUCGACAGCUUGUCUGGCCUGCAAAAAGUCCAAGCGCAAGUGCUCUGGCACAGCACCAUGCGAUAACUGCCGCGCCUUCGACCGCGUCUGCAUAUUCGAUGAAUCCCUCGACCAGCGCCGCCGCGUCGCCGCCAAGCGCACAGCCGACGAACUCACCUACCACCGCAAGAUGCUGAAUGACCUCUUCAGACUCAUCCGCACAGCCAACGAGGCGCAGGCCCUGCGGUUGCUAGAUAUCAUUCGCCGCAAUGCACCGCCCGAAGAGAUUCGGUCGUAUAUCAACGAAACCCUGGACGGCCUCGACUUGUCGUCGGACAAGGUCAGCCAGGAGACUGUCAACAAGCUCGAGGAUGUGCGUCGCAUGAUUAACGUCGAAGGCGCGGGCCCGGCUUUUCGGAGGAAGGUUAUGGAUAUUCAUUACCUCUGCGACGAGGCAACUUGCAAGGUCCCUGCGAGGCCGUGGACGACCGUCACGGAAGAUAAUGAUCUCGUCUCCCAUCUUGUCUCGCUGUAUUUCACAUGGGAUUAUCCAUUUCAUGCGUUCUUGGACGCGGAGGUGUUUAUUCGUCAUAUGGCGCGGGGAGAGUUGGGAUCCGAGUUUUGUACGCCGUUUCUGGUGAAUGCCGUUUUGAGUAAUGCCUGCUAUUUCUCGGAGUUUUCGGAAGCAUAUGUCGUUCCAAGGGAUAUCUCUUCCAAGGGGAUUGAUUUCCUCGCUGAGGCGGAGCGGCUGAAGGAGGAGAAGCCGGCUCAGCCUAGUUUGGUUACUUUACAAGGGACGCUUCUUCUGUAUGAACGAUACUCGAUGUCCCGGAAUGAUGACCUGGGGUAUAGAAUGCUGCAUGAUGCCAUUCGAAUGGGUAAAGCCCUGGGCUUGGUUGGCGAUAAAGGUCCCAGACUAGUAUCCGAGCAACCGUCGCCAGACAUGGACGUGUCGUGCAAAAGGACAGCAUGGGGGUUAUUUGGAAUUGACACAAUGGUACACACGGGCUUCUUAAGGCCCAGUCUCAUAAACCAUGUCAACAUGACUCGCAUCGAUCGUAAUAUAUCCGAAGACCAAGCCGUUUGGAGACCAUAUCCAACUCACCGCGACGUGCGGCCAUCUUACCUGAGCCAGUUCUUUGACGACUUUUGCAAUCUGUCGACUAUCGCACGCGACAUCUCGUGGAGCAUGUUCGCGGAUAGCAGCGACUGCAAUAUGUUCGGGGGCGUUAAGCGCGCCAGUCGGGAGCAGUUGUAUGAGCGGAUUCGUCACUGGCAUGAUCGUUUGCCCGAGGCGUUUGAUGUGCGGUAUAAGUUGCCACCGCAUAUUAUUCUGAUGCUAAUGCGGUACCAUACGUUGAUCAUCAGCUUAUUCACCUGCACUUCCGAUGAUGAGGUCUCGAGUACUACAUCCGACGCACCGCACACGCCUGAGAGUCCUCCGCGACAUCCACUGGAGACUAAGUACAAUGCGUGGGAAGUGACGCAGAACGCCGCCCGAGGUAUUGCAGGACUGACGCGAUUGCAUCGCCGCGAGUACGGCGUGAGUCGCGCGCACCAUUUCGCCAUGUACGCCAUAAACCUGGGAUUGUUCACGAUGCUGGAACAAGAGUCCUUCGAUGUACUUGACCAGGACUUUUUAUCUCUGGCGAGUGCGUUUUCCAUCGUGGCCAGCCGCUCGUCGCUGGGCCGCAAUCUAUUUCACAUCUUCCGCCAAUCUGUUCGGGCCAAAGCACAGGGUCACAAGCUUCGGGAAUCCAGCUCCAUCCCGGAUGAGCUGAAGGAUCUGUUCGACGAAGAAUCCUCGGCGCAGGGACAUAGUCGCUUCGACGAGUAUGCCGAAGGCCUGGAGAAAUUGAACGAGCAUGAGAAGUACCACGGUAUUGGCGGCAAGGGCGAACAGAGUCUUCAAGAUUACCCCGGCCUCGGGCUAUCGGACAUGCUGGACCGCUAUGAAAGCCUAAGUCUCGGUAAAGACGAGGUGCUGGCAGAGAGACAUCGGCCAGCUGGGUGCUGUAACGAAUGGCCGCCGCGAUAG